AUGUCCACUAUCACAGAGGGCUCUACAGAUGAGAGUGGCGUACGCAGGGAUGUCGUCUCCCUCGAAGUUGGCGAUGAGGUCUACGCAUUUGAAAAGUAUACCCAAGAGGAAACCAAGCAGAUGAUAUAUGGUACAGAGGUCUGCACUUCCCACCUUCCACCAGUUACCUGGUCUACAUCAUCGGACCCAACUUCAUCUUCAUCCGCCAAACCAGUCAAAACCGAGGAGCCGGAGCAGGUCUUCAUCGGAAUAUUUCCCGCAUCUUUGUCCGUGAUGAGCUCAGAUGCCGAAGGACGUCUGCCAGAUCUCACUACCUUGCUCAAUGGAAGUGUGAGCGUGCAAACUCAGGCCCAGAACCCCCUCGCGAGCACAGAGAAAGAACAGGGAAACCAGGCCAAGUCCACUCGCGCUGCCCUUGUCGUAUAUCCCGCCAGCAUACGCUCAGUGCAAGAAUCCGAGAACAUAAAGCCCCUUCCUCCACGUCCGUCCCUAAAAUCAGGUGAUGAUACAGCCUCGGGCACGAUGCAACCCAUCAUCGACGAGAUUGCCAGUGCCCUUCGAGAAUGGCAUAGCAUGACGUUCCAGCACCUCGCCAGGUGCGAUUACAAACUCUUUCAUACAGUCCGCGAGCAUAUUGAAGUGCUCCGCCUUGGACGAAGACAGUUGUUGCUGCAGACAUCCAGCGCAGAGGAGACAAUUAGUCUGAGGAGGGACUGCUUCGCCCGCUUGGUGAGCGGUAAUGCAGUGCAGGAGCUUGAUAUCAUCGUUCGCCAUCCGACAUGGGGUGCACGGUGGAUGUAGAGGGCGAGAUCGACCCUCGCAGCUGGGUCAGCGCUGUCAGGAUGUAUGCUAUGCAAACUUCCCUCGCAUAUAUGAAUGUCCCUCUGGACAACUCAUCCAAGCUCACCAUCGGACCCACCCAGUUCUUCACGAUACCCAAACCCACUCCUGCACACUCUGCAUUCCUUGAUAUAUCUCGAAACCAACGAUGUCACGCCAGGUCGGUUCACUGGGUCCCUACCAGUCCGAGAAAUCAACCGCAGCUAAAUUCUACCACAUUUUCCUCGACGUCCGGGCCUUUGUUGCAACUCCUUGUGUACCAGGCGAGACGGCCGAGCACUUCUUCUGGUCUACAAGCGCUC